AUGUACAUGUGCGACGGCAACGCUGUCAAAUUCGAGUCGGGCAGUCAGACACGCGUGGCUCUGCUUGGACUCAGCUACAUGAUGGACCGCAUGGGGGGGUACACAUCUGCCCAUUUCGAGCAAGGUGCUGGACGACACGCAUGCAACAAUCCCUACAACAAAGCAGCUGAGAACAAGGUCUUCCAAGAGAUGCAGCAGAGCAAGCUUUUCCAGAUCACUCAUGCCAAAUUCCUCGAGAUUAUCAAGCCAUCUUUCUUGGCCAUAGAUGAGGAUGAAGACUUUGAUGCUAUUCUGGCCAGGACCCACAUCAUUUUGUUGACAGACAACGGCGUCUACUACCGUCUUGCCAGCACUCCCUCUAAGCCAGUGGAUGUCAUCCCAUGGGAACAUCAGCGCAAAGAUCUCUUGGGCCAGCCGCAGCACGCCAUCUACAAGACCUACAAGUGCGGUCCUACCAAUCAUCGUCUUCCUCCGAACUUCUCCGCGGAUAUGGCUUGGUCGCAGGAGUUUUUGCGUCGUGUGCUUGCCGGCGAACCAGUCCCCGGAACUCCCACGAUUCUGUGCAAUGUUGGGCUUUUUGAAGAUCGGGAUGCCAG